GUUGUGAACUGAGAGAGAUGAGAGAAAAGAAAAAAAAAAAACUAAUCGCAACUCAGAAACCCCAAACAAAAACAAGCCCUUCGCUUCAUCUUCAUCACACACACCUUCGUCUUCAGAUGCCCAAGCAAAAGGCUCCAAGGAAGCAACUCAAGUCCUAUAAACUCAAACACAUCAACAAGACCAUUCAAGAGGGAGAUGCGGUGUUGAUGCGGUCGUCGGAGGCGGGGAAGGCGUCGUACGUAGCGAGGGUAGAGGCGAUCGAGACGGACGCGCGUGGAUCGAACGCUAAAGUUCGUGUGAGGUGGUAUUACCGCCCUGAGGAAUCCAUCGGAGGGAGGAGACAGUUCCAUGGAGCCAAAGAGGUUUUCCUCUCCGACCACUUGGAUUUUCAAAGCGCCGAUACUAUCGAAGGCAAGUGUAAGGUCCACACUUUCAGCAGCUACACCAAGCUCGACUCCGUCGGAAACGACGACUUCUUCUGUCGUUUCGAGUACAACUCCGCUUCCGGCGCCUUUAAUCCCGACAGAGUCGCCGUGUUCUGCAAGUGUGAGAUGCCAUACAACCCUGAUGACUUGAUGGUUCAAUGCGAGGAAUGUUCUGAGUGGUUUCAUCCUUCUUGUAUAGGAACAACAAUAGAGGAAGCUAAAAAGCUCGAUCACUUCUACUGUGAAGAGUGUUCCCCACAAGAGCAAGAGCAGGAUUUACAGAACUCUAAUUCAACUUCUAAACAAAGAGAUGCUAAGGUGAAUGGAAAGCGCAACCUGGAGGUAACGAAGCCGAAGAACAAACACACAAAGCGACCAGGUUAACGUAAACCUGUAAAGGCUAUAUAUAUCUUGGGUGAGUUUGAGUAUCAUUGUGUAAUCUACAAAGGUGGUUUGUUUUCUAUCUCUCUCUCUCUCUCUCUCUCUCUCUAGAUUUUCUUUGUUAAGAAUGAGGGGUUUAGAUGGUUGGCUUGGCUGUUGUAUAAUUACAUGUAUAUUCUCUAUGGGUUUCUCAUCUGCAUCUUAGUUUGUCACAUAUGAUGAAAUUUGGGUUAAAUGGUUAUGUCUAUAAACACUAAACAAAGAGGGGGUUGGUUGCUUAUUCGUUUGUUU